AUGGCCCGCUUCAGCCUCUCCGUUUUGGCCCUGUGCCUCUUCCUGGCCGUCUUCGCCACUGCCCUCCCUGCUGCCCAGAACAACCGUCCUGACCCCAACGCCUGGGCCUUCCACAUGGCGGAAGAAAUGGCCGACUCCACGUCGCCCACGCCCGCCCACGGCCCUGCCACCUCCUCGCACGCUCGCCUGCACGCUCCUGCUUCUUCCUCUGCCACCCCUAGCAAGGCCUCGCCGUCGGCGUCGCCUACUCCCUCUUCCUCUUCUAGCCCUGCUCCCCCGCAGGAGACUAUUAACGGUGGCGAGACCAAGAGCGCUUUUGACAGCAUCCCGAUCCUUGGACCUCUGCUUGGAUCUUUGCUGGGCGGCAAGUAA